AUGACUGCGUUGAUGAUGGUUAGAGACAUAAAGCCGCGUAACGACGGGAACGAAGAACAUGAACAACAGGAUACUGGUCGGGUUAUUCGAGACAUUAAAAACGUGUAUCCUGAAGUUAUUGAUUUAUUUAGAGGAGUUAAUGAUUCAAUUUCAAAACAUUCUAUAACCCUCGAUGAAGAGAAUAAAUUAACAGAUUAUAUAUUCGUCAUUAUUGCAGAAUUAAUGAAGAGAAUAAAUGAAAAAGGAAUUGGUGAUAUCAUUAAUGUCAGCGAUGUAAUGAUGAAAAGAAAUUUUGACUCAUUAUUUACAAAACCGAAAACAGAAUAUAGUCUUUAUGACGUAAUUACCGAAUUAAUGAAAAAGAUUAAUGAUAAUAAGAGUUCUGGCGGAAGAGUUGAAUUAGAAGUGAAUGAUGUUAAUGAGAAAUUAGCCGAAAAAGCAAACAAAAAUGAGCUUUUAGCUCUGAGUGAUAAAGUCAAGAACCACGUUCAUUAUAUAACUUCAGACGAACAGAUUAUAACGGACUACCAUGGAUAUUUAACACAGGAUGAACAAAUAAGCACUGAAGAUGUUAAUGAAAGAAGAUAUAAAUUCAUUCGUGCUAAAGGUUAUGACAUAAGCUGUACUGUACAGUAUGAAACGGGUAAAGCACCAGAAGCAUUUGAUUAUAACGAUGAAAUUUAUGCUUCAUACUUCUUUGUUAACGGUGUAUUAGUUGAACCAAGAUUUACAUUGAGAGUUAAGGCAAAAAUAACUUUUGAAGAUGCUAUUAAAAGUAAAGCUGACAAAGUUGAACUCGAAGCAACGAACAAAGUUUUGAAAUCUCAUAAACACAACAUCUCCGAUAUAAAUGAACUUCAAGCUACAUUAGACA